GAAGAGGAGGACUGGCCACAUUUAUUGGCUCCGCCCAUACCUGGAGACGAACUUUUAUUGCAGCACCUGCAGAUAUAUAUCUCUCUCUGUAUGGCCCAGCACUUUGCUUCAGUCCCUUGGCAUCCCAGAAAGAGCAGAGACUUUCACACCUUCGUUGCCAUUCCACCUGCUCCAGUGCAACCAUGAGAAAAGAAAUUUGCACCAUGGCUUUUCUCCGAGCUGUCUUCUGCGAGUUCUUAGCCACGCUGCUUUUCGUCUUCUUCGGCUUGGGCUCAGCCCUGAAGUGGCCUUCGGCCUUGCCAAGCGUCCUCCAGAUCGCCCUGGCUUUUGGCUUGGCCAUUGCCACGAUGGUACAGACAUUUGGUCCCAUCAGCGGUGGCCACGUCAACCCAGCAGUGACCAUCGCCUUCUUUGUGGGGAACCAGAUCUCUUUCCUCCGGACAUUGUUCUAUGUUGCAGCCCAGAUGAUCGGUGCCAUCGCCGGGGCAGGCAUACUUUAUGCGGUCACUCCCUCUAACGCCCGUGGCAACCUGGCAGUCAAUGCGCUCAGCAACAACACAACCGCAGGCCAGGCUGUGGUAGUGGAGAUGAUCUUAACCUUCAUGCUUGUUAUGUGCAUCUUUUCCUCGACUGACAGCCGCCGGCGCGACCGUGUGGGCUCCCCAUCCCUGUCUAUCGGACUGGCUGUCACUCUGGGCCACCUCGUUGGGAUCUAUUUUACUGGCUGUUCUAUGAAUCCUGCCAGGUCUUUUGGACCUGCUGUUAUCAUGAAAAGAUUCAGCAAAGCUCAUUGGGUCUUCUGGGUAGGCCCCAUCAUUGGAGGCAUUGUGGCCUCUCUGCUUUACAACUACCUUCUGAUGCCUCAUCCAAUGAACAUGUCAGAGAGGGUCGCAAUCGUGAAAGGCACGUACGAGUCGGAAGAAGAGUGGGAAGAGAAAGAGAAAAGCAUAGAGAUGGCCUCCUGCAAAUGAGGACGCUCUGGAUGAGAAGGUAGAGAAGACUCGGAACACCCCCCCUGAUGCCAAAUGAACACUGACCAAAUGCCUUGCAAUUUAAAGAACCAAGAUAGCUUCCACUGAUGCCCGGGGACCGAAGAGGGAAUCAGGGGGACAUAACUUGUGUAAAUAACCAUUGUGAGUGUGUGUGUGUGUGUGGGUGCAUGUGUCUGUGUGGGUGCAUGGGAAGAAGAAAGCUGGAAAAUGGAUGGUUUGAGCACAGUCCGUUUGGGGAACAAGGCAUUCAUUCAAAGUGCCGUACCAAACAAGAAUCGUAUUGUUAACGUCUCAGGACCGGCAAAGACCUGCAAGUGUUCUAGAGUUAUGCCUGGCACCUUAGCUUUUUGCAACUGUUCGAGGGGUGGGUGUGUUAAUAGUUUCUUUUAGCAGUUUAUAUUUCCCUUCCUGGUGGGCUGCAGGACAAGUACCCCCAGGUCCACAUAUACUCUGGGCUUUCAGGGUUUGGGGGCAAUGUUGCCUGAGCUUGAAUUUCCUAAUCUUGGUCCAGCUUCGUAUAUGCAAUAAUGCUUGCAACUAGCCCUUUUUCUUUUGUAUGCUUAAUACAUCUCCAGCCCGCAUACACUGUAAAUAUUCACAUGAACCCCUCAGGCCGGAGUUACAGUGGGGUUUAUGGAGUGAUACAUUAGACAGUGAGGUGAGAAUUUGUGUGAGACGAUCCCACAGAAACACCCCAGGCUUUAAAGAAAAAGACUGCCACAUAUGCAUUCACAGAGAAAAGGAAAACACCAUCCGGACUCUUGCCUUGCCUUGAUUUCCAUCUUCCAUGGGUUCAAGCAAGCAGCAAAAGGAAGAGACACAAUUUCUAGAUCUACUGUA